AUGAAUCCUUCACCACCGGCAGCAAGUAUUACUUACGAGGCUGUUGAGUGCGACAGUAACUUCCUCGCCAAAGAAGCAAAUGGUUCUGGGGUUAGGCCUACGUCCGGAUUACACAAAUCUCCAGACCAACACCAUACCGCAACGAAUUUGACACCAAUGACCAAUCAGUCUACGAUCCCAAGAGCCAAAAGAUCGCACCUCGACUCUAAUCCCUAUUCAUCCGCCACACUACCAGAGCUGUUUAAAGAUCAUCUAUGCCUAGAGAGGACACCCCAUCAAGUUAUACCGAUCUAUAAAGACGUCAUCAGACUUAUCGCAAGCUAUAAUAAGCAUAGAAUUGAGUGUGUCUCUGAUCUCUCCAAAUCCUUCCCAAGAGCGCAAAUGGGCCAUAAGAUCCUUGAAAGUACACGAAGACAAAAAAUGACCCCAGAAUACAUGCUGUAUCGGAGGAGAUAG